UCUGUUGAGGGACAUUUUUUAUAUAUUUAUAAAACGGGUGAAAAUGGGGUUUCGUGUUUUGUGUGGAUCCUUUCUUGUGGUAAUGGCAUGUUUGGGUGCAUUGUCAAGUGUAGAAGGCAUAGGGUGCAAUUGGGGGUUAAGGGCCACUCACCCUUUACCCCCCAACAUAGUGGUGAGGCUUCUAAAGGACAAUGGGUUCAAGAAAGUGAAGCUAUUUGAGGCAGAUGCAGGGGCCCUUAAGGCCCUUGGUAGGUCUGGUAUAGAGGUCAUGGUGGGGAUACCAAACGACAUGUUGGCGUCUCUGGCGUCGAGCGUACGGGUGGCUGAAGAUUGGGUCACACAAAAUGUGUCGUAUCACAUUUCGAAGAAUGCAGUCGAUAUACGGUAUGUAGCAGUUGGCAAUGAGCCAUUUCUAAAGACCUACAAUGGUACCUUCACUCAGUCCACCUUAUUGGCCCUCCAGAACAUCCAAGCUGCUCUGAUAAAGGCAGGUCUUGGCCGCCAAGUAAAAGCCACUGUUCCCUUGAAUGCCGAUGUAUAUCAGUCAUCGAAUGGCCUCCCCUCCGGUGGAGAUUUUCGAUCCGAUAUCCAUAGUCUCAUGAUAUCCAUAGUAAAGUUCCUAAACAACAAUGGUGCCCCAGUCACCAUCAAUAUCUACCCCUUCCUUAGCCUCUAUAUGGAUCCCAACUUUCCUGUGGAUUUUGCCUUCUUCCAAGGAGGUUCCACCUCUCCAGUGGUCGAUGGCUCAAUCACAUACGCUAAUGUAUUUGAUGCUAAUCUCGACACCCUCAUCGUCACCCUUGAAAAGAAUGGCUUCAAGGACAUGCCCGUCAUCAUUGGAGAAAUUGGAUGGCCAACCGAUGGUGAUAAGAAUGCAAACAUAGCCAAUGCCAUGAAAUUUAAUCAAGGUCUCAUGGAUCGUAUAGCUAGCGGUCAGGGCACCCCAAGGAAGCCUGGUCCUUUGGAUGUCUAUCUCUUCAGUUUGAUCGAUGAGGAUGUAAAAUCCAUAUUGCCAGGAAAUUUCGAGAGGCACUGGGGAAUUUUCUUCUAUGAUGGAACAGUGAAAUACCCAUUGAAUUUAGGAACUGGAAACAGAGCCUUAGUCCCUGCAAAGGGUGUCAAGUAUCUGUCUAAACAAUGGUGUGUGCUCUCACCUAGUGCUAGCGAAUUAGACACGAAUUUGCCCGGAAGUGUACAGUUUGCUUGUGAGCGUGCGGAUUGCACGAGCCUUGGUUAUGGCUCAUCAUGUGGUGGCUUAGAUGCAAGGGGCAGCGCAUCCUACGCAUUCAAUAUGUACUAUCAGACAUAUAAUCAACUAAGGGAUGCAUGUUCCUUCUCGAAUUCGUCUGUGAUCACACAGGUAGAUCCCUCGCAAGAUGGUUGCCACUUUGAGAUCAUGAUCGAACUCGGAAAAUCCGGCGCUAACCAGAUAGCAAGUGGUGGAUCUGUGCCAAGUAGUGGAUCAGUGCCUCUUUUAGGCCAAGGAUUGAGCAUGGUGGUAACUCUUGUGAUGGUGCUCUUGGUCACCUUGUUAUGAAUUUUGAGAGCAAAUCUCAUCUUCCUUCCUCUUUCCCUAACUUGUUUGCUUGGAACCCAAAGCUUAGUUUUAAGAAUUUCAAGAUUGGAGCAUUGUUCAAUGCUCAUACCCUUCAAGAAGGCAUAAAGGCUAAAGCAGGAGAACAUUGCUUCUAUUUAUAGGUUUCCUUAGUGAGGCUCAUUUACACUUUUUUUAUUGUGAUGAUGUAUCAAAGUACCUUCUGUUCUUUUUCUUCUUUUUUUGGAAUGUAUAAUGUAUCAACUGGUUUUAAGGAUUUCUUUAUGUC